GGAGUAGGACGACAUGCAGGCUUGGUGUGGGGAAUCUCCACGCUACAGGGAGGCUCUGUGUGCAUAGUACAGACGUCUCCCACGAUUAUCUGGAGGCUCACGGGCCGCAGCCGUGGAUUAUUGCCCCAGUCCCACGCGAAUCCGUUGAUGGGCUGCUGCACGACACUGCAGUACAACAUGUCGAAGUUUUAUUUAUAUAUUAUUGCGUUUAGCAGUGCUCCUACCCAAUUAUACCAAUUCGAAGAAAUUCUCUCCACAGCGAAGCUUGGUGUAUGGCCGUCUCACAGCACAAGCAAUGGGUGCCAAUUGAAUGUGACAUGCUGCAAGGCCGCGAAACAGGCUAGGACUAUGAUCAAGGAUGGAAAAGAUAGACGGAAUAAGAGCUUGAAGAGAUGCAUAACCGGAGCAUGUGAGGAUGUGAAAAACAAAGCCGAGAGAUUGACGAGUGAUGGAAGAGUAGAGCGCACAUUACACGGUAGAGGGACGAGAUCAGCUCGGCCGAGUGGCUGCUCCAUUGACCAACGGAGCUGUGGAGCGAUUGACGGGAGGCAGCUCGCACCACCAUCACCACCACCACCACCAGCAGCUCUCAGUGGAUCAGCACCAUCAACCUAAUUAAUACUACUCCUACUAUUACUACCACCCCCACUGCAUUUCUCUGAAGAGUCUGAGCGUCCUGGAGUUGGUGUGGGAUAGACUUGCACUCAGUCUCCCACGCAUUCUUGUCAGUGGCGUU